AUGGCAACAGCGAGCGGCGAGGCUGCAGGCCCACUCGUCCGCUACGCCACAGAGGACGACGUCCCCCUCAUCCUCUCCCUAAUCCACGAGCUCGCCAAAUACGAGAAGGCCACACACGAAGUCAAAGCCACCGAAGCAUCCCUACGCUCCAGCCUCUCCUUCCCCAUCUCCCCAAACCCAUCCACCAACCUCGCCUCCACCUCCUCGCAACCCAAGCAAGAUUUUACGCCCGGCUACGCACGUACCCUCCUCCUAUAUCCCCCACAUACAAACGAAGCAGCAGGCUUUGCCCUCUUCUUCACCUCCUACAGCACCUGGCAAGCCUCGCCCGGAAUCUUCCUCGAAGACCUCUUCGUCCGCCCACAGUACAGAAAACACGGGUAUGGCAAACUAUUGUUUCGGGUGCUAGCGAGGGAGGCACAACGCGUGCAUGUCGAGAGCGGGGGUGCGGGCGUGGCGAGACUGGGGUGGAACGUGCUGAAGUGGAAUGAGCCUAGUAUUGGAUUCUAUACUAGUGAGGCGAUUGGGGCCAAGCCGACGGAUGAGUGGGUUGGUAUGAGGGUCGAGGGUGAGGGGGUGGAGAAGCUUGCGAGGUCGGUGGAGACGAGUGGGACGGAUGGGGGGAGAUGA